CAGCUUCAAAAGUCUCGAGACCGCACGGACGUAAAAAAUCACGCAACGCAAAACAAACAAAACACCUGUCACACCUGACUUACGAGCUUUUUCACUUUACUGUCGACGGUCCACGCCUCUAUUACCUCCCGCAAGCAAACGGCAAUAAUACAUAAUUUCCAGGGAGCGCAGAAUGCUUCUUAUCAACAUUCCCUUAUGAAUUAUAAAAGUAAAUAGAAACCCAAAUUACACGAUACGCUGAUGAAUAAACAAGAAUUCAGCAUUUACCAUGAGCGACAGUGUAAAGAGCUGUGCGCCCUGCACGCCCUGAACAACAUUUUCCAGCAGCAGGAUGCUUUCAAGCAGGCUGAUCUGGAUGCAAUCUGCAAUUCAUUGGCUCCAAAGGCCUGGGUCAACCCUCACAAAUCCUUCUUAGGGCUUGGCAACUAUGACAUUAAUGUGCUCAGCACAGCUCUGCAAACUGUCGGCUAUGAAGCAGUUUGGUUCGACAAAAGAAAAGAUCCAAGCUGUCUGAAUAUGAGCAAUGUGUUUGGCCUCAUCUUGAACAUAGCAAAUGAAACCAAAAUAGGACCGAUUUCGCUUCCCCUCAACCGACGUCACUGGUUUGCCAUAAAAGAAAUCAAUGGAGACUUUUACAACCUCGAUUCCAAGCUGGACACGCCUCUGAUAAUUGGAAAGGAAGCGGAACUUGUUAUCUACCUCAAAGAACAGCUUAACGAGGCUGACAAAUUGCUGUUUGUGAUUGUGCGAAAGGAAGUGGGCGAAAACCAAAGUUGGCUCAAAUCUAGUGAUACAAGGACGUGAGAAUGAAAUGUUUGCUGUUGAUGUCGUUGAGUGCAGCUGCAGGAGGCAAAGGAAACAUAAAAAAAUCGCUGCCAUUCUUUUUUGUUUCUUAAUACUGCGCCUUCCACGUCUGGCCUCCAAUUUGUUCUAAGUGCCAGCAGCUUUUGCUUAAUUGUUGAAUAUAUCUAUGUGAAUGGUCUGGUUUCCCAAUGUUGUUCAGCUCACAGGACAUGAGCCUCUAAAACUUUCGGUAUUGAUGAAGUAGAUGUGGCAUGGUUCUGUUAUUUUUUUAUAUAUUGAUUGAGAAUUUAUAUAACUUAAUUCUAUUUUCAAUGCAUCUUGCAAAAAUGAAAGUCAAUAAAAUCGGUUUGCCUAGAAAAAUAUAAUUUAUUUUAGGAAAUCUGAUCAGGAA